CCACGAAUUCCAACGUUAGCCUCAAUUCUUAUUCAACGCAGAAUGACCUUAGCAACAGAUUGGCGUUCAAUUCAUGUGGCUACAUCGAUCGCAUUUAUUACUUCGAUCCAAUUUAGCAUGUAUUUUUCAUCGUUAUGGCCUUAUCUACAACAAAUGGAUCGUUCAGCGACUGAAAACUUUUUCGGCAUAAUAACAGCCGUCUAUAGCCUUGGUCAAGCACUCGCAUCGCCAUUGUUUGGCUUUUGGAGUGUUCGUAUUGGUGCUACAAAGAUACCGAUAUUAACUGGUUUGGUGAUAAUGUUCGUUGGUAAUUUAAUUUAUACGGGUAUUGAUCUGGUCAGUGUAAAUCAACGAUAUGUUAUGCUCGUGGCAAGAUUCAUCACUGGUUUGGGAGGAGGUGCAAUAAGUGUAAUUCGUUCAUAUGCAAUAAUGGCGAGUUCAGUAAAAGAUCGUUCAAAAGCCAUUUCCGAAAAUACAGCCUUUCAAAUCGGUUUAACAUUCCUGGGAUAUCCCGGUUGGGGUUUACAUCGCUACCGCUUGAACAUGUAUACGGCUCCAGCAUUUUUGGCUUGUUUUACGGAUUUAGUUGCCAUUAUUCUGCUAUUGACAAUGUUCAACGAGCAAUAUGUAAGUGUCGAAAAAAAGAAGAAUACUGCAGGCGCAACUCAAGGUAGUUACAUCAACUCAGAUUCAUACAUUUCGUUUAUGGACUCGUUUAGAGACUGUUGGAAAAUGUGCUCAGUUGAAUUUUAUAUGUAG